UUGUAUUAUUUUUCUUUUUUCUCAUGGGGUGAAAGGCUCCCCCUCUCUCUUAUAUUAUUUUUCUUUUUUCUCAUGGAGUGAGCCUUACACCUCACUUAAUCUGUUUAUUGUUGACCAUACUUUAAGGAGUCAAUUCCAUUGGCCAGUUCAUGGGAAACAAAUACCUUGUUGACAUUAUUUCAAAUUUCUUUAGUAGAUUCUCUACACGCUCUUUAUCAGCACGUGGGACUUUCUCAUUUCUUCUUCUCAAUAUACACAAUACUAACGCACACAUGUCUCUCUCUGCCAAUAUUUUCCUCUUCUCCAGCUCUUCCCUCUUUCUCCCCUUCUCAAAACAUCACCUCAGCUAAACAAUUCAACAAACACUUUACGUACACACUGAGAGUAACACCUGUCGCUGUGUCACACCACAAAAUUUCGUCACUUUCCGACCUCAUCGCCGGUCCCGGUCUUCUAACUCCGUCGACACCCAAAACCCAUCUCGCCGGCGGCGACUUUUCCCGGUCAAAUGCACCAAAGGAACCGGAAAACUGACACAAGUCUUCAUAGCCGUGACGACACGAUGAUACAGCCCAAACCCAAACUACACCAACAACAACCAGAGACCAACAACGAGCUCUGGGUCUGCUUCUGAUUCUUUCAGAUACAUACCCAAACUCGUCACCCAUUUUCGAACACACCUUCUCAAUGGCCGACUCUGAUUCGACCCCAAUCGACACGUCUUCCUCGGUCCCUCUAUCAUCAUCCACUGAAGAUGUUGCGGUGAAAGCGGUGAACAAGCGAUACGAAGGGUUGGUGACGGUUCGAACCAAGGCCAUCAAAGGGAAAGGAGCUUGGUAUUGGGCUCAUCUUGAACCCAUUUUGAUUCGAAACCCCGAGUCGAACCUUCCCAAGGCCGUGAAGCUCAAGUGCACUCUCUGCGACGCGGCGUUUUCGGCUUCGAACCCGUCAAGAACAGCCUCGGAGCAUCUCAAGAGAGGGACUUGCCCCAAUUUCAGCUCUGUAUUGAAACCCAUUUCGUCUGCUUCUUCUCCGUCUCCAUUGUCGAUGAUAGCUUCGCCUUCUUCACAUAAUCAUCGGAAACGGAGCUCACAACAUACGGGUCAUACGGGUACUUCUUCGGUUUCUUACCAACUUCAUUCGCUGGCUAUGGUUGAUUCGAGACGGUUUUGCAGUGAAUUGGGUUACUCUCCGCCGUCACAAGUUGCGCAAACUGUUGGCAGUGUGACUAAUACAGGGUUGAACCAGCAGCAUUUGAUGUUAUCUGGUGGAAAGGAGGAUUUGGGUGCUUUGGCGAUGUUGGAAGACAGUGUAAAGAAGCUCAAGAGUCCGAAAGCCUCACCCGGUCCGUCUCUGAGCAAGGACCAGGCUGAUUCUGCUCUGGACCUGUUGGCUGAUUGGUUCUAUGAGUCUUGUGGGUCAGUCCCAUUUUCUAGCCUUGAGCACCCCAAGUUCAAAGCUUUCCUUAGCCAAGUUGGCUUCCCCUCUGUGCCACGAAGAGAGCUUUUUGGUGCUAGGCUCGAUUCUAAGUAUGAUGAAGCGAGAAUGGAGUCAGAAGCUAGAAUUAGGGAGUCUUUGUUCUUUCAAGUUGCUUCUGAUGGGUGGAAGAACAAGAACUGUAGAUAUGGGGAAGAGAAUUUGGUUAAGUUUAUGGUUAAUCUUCCAAACGGAACAAGUGUGUUCCAAAAGUCUCUAUUUUCAGCUGGUUCGGUACCUUCCAAGUACGCGGAGGAGAUUAUGUGGGAGACAUUAGCUGGUAUAUGUGGGAGUGAUGUGCAUAGAUGUGUAGGUAUUGUUGCUGAUAAGUAUAAGGGCAAGGCAUUGAGAAAUUUGGAGGUUCAGAAUCAUUGGAUGGUUAAUUUAUCUUGUCAGCUCCAGGGUGUUAUUAGUUUAAUUAAGGAUUUUAGCAAAGAGCUUCCUCUUUUUAAGACUGCAACUGAUAAUUGCUUGAAGGUGGCUAACUUUUUUAAUAGUAAUUCUCAGCUUAGGAAUAGCUUCCACAAGUUUAGGUUGCAGGAACUUGAGCCUGCUGGGUUGCUUAGAGUUCCUUCGCCCAAAUGCAAUAACUCCAAGAACUUUGCUCCUGUUAUGGCAAUGUUGGAGGAUAUGCUGAGCUGUGCUCGGGUACUACAAUUACUUGUAUUGGAUGAUUCAUAUAAGAUCAUGUGCGGUGAUGAUCCCAUUGCCAGAGAAAUUGCAGAGAUUAUUCAAGAUGUAGAGUUCUGGAAUGACUUAGAGGCUGUUCAUUCACUAGUGAAGCUGGUUAAAGGGAUGGCUGAAGAGAUUGAGGCUGAGAGGCCAUUAGUUGCACAGUGCCUUCCUCUUUGGGAGGAGUUGAGAGCAAAAGUGAAGGAAUGGUGUGCCAAAUUCAGCAUUGCAGAAGGUCCUGUUGAGAAAAUAGUUGAAAAGAGAUUCAAGAAAAACUACCACCCAGCGUGGUCUGCUGCGUUUAUACUAGACCCACAGUACUUGAUGAGAGACACAAGCGGAAAAUACCUUCCGCCAUUCAAGUGCUUGACACAUGAGCAGGAGAAGGAUGUAGAUAAGCUCAUAACCCGUUUGGUUUCAAGGGAGGAAGCUCAUAUUGCAUUGAUGGAGCUCAUGAAAUGGAGGUCAGAAGGGCUUGAGCCACUAUAUGCACAGGCUGUUCAAGUCAAACAGCGAGACCCUCUGACAGGAAAGAUGAAAAUUGCAAACCCACAGAGCAGUAGACUUGUCUGGGAAACUUGCCUAAAAGAGUUUAAGUCACUGGGGAAGGUUGCAGUGAGGCUUCUCUUCCUUCAUGCAACCUCGUGUGGGUUCAAAUGCAACUGGUCUUUCAUGAGAUGGGUUUGUGUUCAAAGGCAUUCCAGGGUGGGCCUAGAGAAGGCUCAGAAGAUGAUAUUUAUCGCAGCUCAUGCGAAGCUUGAAAGGAGGGAUUUUUCAACUGAUGAAGAAAAGGAUGCAGAGCUAUUUUCCAUGGCCAGCGGUGAGGAUGACAUGCUCAAUAUGGUCUUUGCGGAUGCUCCCUCAGUGCUGGGCCCUCUGUGGGACUGUUGAUCUCAGCAUUGAAAAGAUGGAGCUUGCAGUCAUUAUUUUGGAUUGCCAUGAUUGUUAAAAGGUCUUGAGCAAACUGGAAGCAAGGCAGGCUGUCGGGAUGAGGAAGAACAUGACGGGGUGAAAGGGAUUUGGCAACAAACUUAAACUACUUUCUUUGCCGCGAGUACCGUUGACUAUAAUUCAACAG